GGGGAACGAAUGCCGAGUGAGCCAGGAAUUCCCUCUCGAUUCUGAGUGAGUCGGCUUCAUCGGAAGUAAAUAAAUGCACCGGCGUUGGAGACUACCGCUGAAGAGGUGUACAGGCAGCAGGAGGUAGCUGCACCGGCUGCCUCCCCUUCUCCGUUGCCAUCGACGACUCUCGCCUGAGCAUCACAGAUCAUUUCCCUGUAGUGGCUGACCGACAGUUAUUGCGGGCGCAACUUCGGCAUCAACCACACCUACCCGCUAGGUACCUACACCUACCUAGGUACCUAGGUAGUUAUAUACCAGCGGCGCCUCAAAAAGAGGGAAUAACCCAUAUACCAUGGCGGACCAGCCUCAGAUUCCAGCCGGCGCGCACGAGGCACAGGAAGACAUGUGUUACGUCGCCCUGACCAGCGACCAUUUGGACGUUCAGGCCGUGAUGGACAGGGUGCGCAGUCCAGAAGCGGGAGCCAUUGUUGUUUUUGUUGGAACCACUCGUGACAACUUCGACGGCAAGGCCGUCAAGGAGCUGCAGUACUCAGCCUAUAACCCCGUCGCCCUGCGCUCUAUGAUGUCCAUCUCUAAGGCCACGCUCGAGAGGCAUGGCCUCAAGGGCAUCGCGAUGGUGCACCGGCUCGGCGUGGUCCCCGUCGGCGAGGACAGCAUCGCCAUAGCCGUCUCGGCCCCGCACCGCCAGGCCGCCUGGAGGGCCGGCGAGGAGGCCCUGGAGGAGUGCAAGGCCAGGGUCGAGGUUUGGAAGCGCGAGGAGUUCGAGGACGGCGAGGGGGUGUGGAAGGCUAAUAGGGACGGCGCCGCUGGCCAGCGCGUCGAGGGCUCCUAGGCGCACGCCCUCGCCGCAGGGUCGUGGGUGCGCCGUAGCUUCGUUUCGGGCCAGGCGUCGACGCCUGAGCCGCCCGAGCCGGCUGGCGGCCGGUGUGCCGACGACGCCUGCGCGUACGCUCUCGCCAUGAGCCUCGGUGUGUGCCGUGGGAUUGCUAAGUUCCAGGUGUCGACGCCCGAACCGCUCUCUUCACGCCGCGGGUCGCCCGCGGCGUCUGCGCCGGAGAAGACUCCUCACAAGCCUCUUUAGAAUCCCGACGAUUUCGGCUAAAUCUGAGGGCCGGUCGACAUAUAGAUGGAAGUUGAUGCUCGUACCUCGUUACGGGAAGGGCUGAACCCUUCAGCUUCGGUGGUCGACCAAGUAUGGAAGAUCACAGUGGGUGUGCCGGUAUAGCAUUUAUAUAGUCAGAGGUUUCACACCACCAGUCAACACGGUAGACACAGAAGGUGUACUGGUAUAGCUGCCUGGUGGCUAUAAGGGUUACAUAUACAGUAUGCAGCUAGGGGUAGGUCAUGAUGUUCCAAAGUUACCAGUCUCGUUCUUCGAUCAGUCAGUAUAAGUGUGCGAUAGUGGUAACCGUCAAUACAAGACCCGGCAAGUGUAAUGUGGAUUGUUG